AUGGCUCCUCCUGCUACGAAGAGAGAGAUAGAGCUGGCACCGAGCGGUGGAACGGGGUAGUUGAGAGACCACGUAGAAAAAAAAAAAUACAAUUACACCUCGAAUACCGGUGUGGUUUUAUCACAAUUGUUUUAGGGGUCUCUGGGAAUAGGGUCGUCUCGCUGCUAGUUUCGGUCGAGGACAACAUUUAGCAGCGGGCGGUCGAGGAUAGCGGUCUAUUUUUCGACAACCAACUCCCCAGAUGAACUCCCUCAGAGCCACCAACAGGAGACCGAGGCGAGUAUCGAGGCCGCGCCCGGUGCAGCUCGAACGAAACAACGGGGACAGAGAUGAGGAGGCUCCUGCAGCCGCUGCAGCAGAAAUGGCUAUUGAGGAGUCCGGUCCAGGUGCUCAGAACAGUCCCUACCAGCUUCGCCGCAAGACCCUGCUUCCCAAGAGAACCGCUGCUGCCUCUGCCACCGCCUCUGCCUGCCCCAGCAAGGGCCCAAUGGAGGGAGCUUCCACUUCAUCAACAGAUGCCUUUGGCCAUCGAGCCAAGCGAGCACGAGUGUCCGGUAAGACCCACGACCUGCCAGCAGCCCCAGCAGAACAAUAUCUGCAGCAAAAGCUUCCAGAUGAGGUCGUUUUGAAGAUUUUCUCCUACUUACUGGAGCAAGACCUUUGCCAGGCAGCUUGUGUGUGCAAGAGAUUCAGCCAGCUAGCGAACGACCCAAUCCUAUGGAAACGGCUCUACAUGGAGGUGUUUGAGUAUACACGUCCCAUGAUGCAUCCUGAGCCAGGCAGGUUCUUCCAGGUCAGCCCCGAGGAUCACGAACAUCCAAACCCUUGGAAGGAGAGCUUCCAGCAGCUGUAUAAAGGUGCCCAUGUAAAGCCAGGCUUUGCAGAGCAUUUUUACAGUAACCCUGGCAGAUACAAAGGCAGGGAUAAUAUGCUGUAUUAUGACACCAUUGAGGAUGCACUGGGUGGCGUUCAAGAAGCGCACUUCGAUGGUCUCAUCUUUGUUCAUUCUGGCAUCUAUACUGACGAGUGGAUUUAUAUAGAGUCCCCCAUCACCAUGAUUGGUGCCGCUCCUGGUAAAGUAGCAGACAAGGUCGUAAUAGAGAAUACCAGAGAUUCAACGUUUGUCUUCAUGGAGGGAUCAGAGGAUGCGUAUGUGGGAUACAUGACCAUUAAGUUUAAUCCAGAUGAUAAAUCGGCGCAGCAUCAUAACGCUCACCACUGUCUGGAGAUCACAGUCAACUGCAGCCCAAACAUCGACCACUGUACCAUCCGCUCCACAUGCACAGUGGGUUCAGCUGUGUGUGUGAGUGGACAGGGUGCCUGUCCAACGAUCAAACACUGCAACAUCAGUGACUGUGAGAAUGUAGGUCUGUACAUUACAGACCAUGCACAGGGCAUUUAUGAAGAUAAUGAAAUCAGCAACAAUGCGCUAGCAGGAAUUUGGGUGAAAAACCAUGGGAAUCCCAUCAUUAGACGUAACCACAUUCACCACGGACGAGAUGUAGGGGUGUUCACGUUCGAUCAUGGCAUGGGUUACUUUGAGAACUGCAACAUCCAUAGAAAUCGCAUAGCUGGCUUUGAGGUGAAAGCAUACGCUAACCCCACGGUUGUCCGCUGUGAGAUCCACCACGGCCAAACGGGAGGCAUUUACGUCCAUGAGAAGGGGCGGGGCCAGUUUAUAGAGAAUAAAAUCUAUGCCAAUAACUUUGCUGGUGUGUGGAUCACAUCCAACAGUGACCCGACGAUACGGGGAAACGCUAUAUUCAACGGUAACCAAGGAGGAGUGUACAUAUUUGGUGACGGGCGAGGUUUAAUAGAGAGUAACGACAUAUAUGGUAACGCCUUGGCUGGAAUCCAGAUCCGAACCAACAGCUGUCCCAUUGUAAGGCAUAACAAAAUCCACGAUGGGCAGCAUGGCGGCAUCUAUGUGCACGAGAAAGGCCAGGGAGUGAUUGAGGAAAAUGAAGUUUACAGCAACACGUUGGCUGGAGUCUGGGUGACCACAGGCAGCACUCCUGUCCUCCGCAAGAACCGCAUCCACAGUGGCAAACAGGUUGGUGUAUAUUUCUAUGACAACGGUCACGGUGUGCUGGAAGACAAUGAUAUUUACAAUCAUAUGUACUCUGGUGUCCAAAUAAGAACGGGGAGCAACCCAAAGAUCAGACGCAACAAGAUAUGGGGAGGCCAGAACGGGGGGAUUUUAGUCUACAACUCAGGUCUGGGCCUAAUCGAGGACAACGAGAUCUUCGACAAUGCCAUGGCUGGUGUGUGGAUCAAGACGGACAGCAACCCCACCCUGCGAAGAAAUAAGAUCCACGAUGGAAGAGACGGGGGCAUCUGCAUUUUUAACGGAGGCAGAGGUCUGUUGGAAGAGAAUGACAUUUUCAGGAAUGCUCAGGCUGGUGUGCUCAUCAGCACCAACAGCCAUCCAAUACUCCGCAAGAACCGUAUUUUUGACGGCUUCGCAGCGGGUAUUGAAAUCACUAACCAUGCCACUGCGACUCUGGAGGGCAACCAGAUCUUCAAUAACCGCUUUGGGGGCCUGUUUCUGGCCUCAGGAGUCAACGUCACUAUGAAAGAUAACAAAAUUCAACAUAAUCAGGAUGCCAUUGAGAAGGCAGUGAGCAGAGGACAGUGUCUCUACAAGAUCUCAAGCUACACCAGUUACCCAAUGCACGACUUCUACAGAUGCCACACCUGUAAUACAACAGAUAGGAACGCCAUCUGUGUUAACUGUAUCAAAAAAUGCCACCAAGGACAUGAUGUAGAGUUUAUACGGCACGACCGGUUUUUCUGUGACUGCGGAGCGGGAACGUUGUCCAACCCGUGCACGCUGGCCGGAGAACCCACGCAUGACACGGACACUCUGUAUGACUCGGCGCCGCCCAUCGAGUCCAACACGCUGCAGCAUAACUGAAGGCGUGCGGUUGAGUGAACGCCCUCAGAUAAGCAUACAAAACACGUUACGUUGCACACAGACACACACACAGUACCAUGCACGCAUCCACUUGCAGCUAUAAGAGCCCAGAGAGACUCCGAUUGCGGCGCUCUCGGACGGUGUCGCAGUGGAAGAGGCUGCAGAGGAAGCAGCUUCCUCUGGCUGCAGCCGGACUUGCUGCUGCAGGUCAGUAGAGGGAGGCGGUGGAGCUGAAGAUAAACUGACAGAACGGCCUGAAGAGAUUCCUCCCUGGAGUAUUUCUUACUGCAGUCUGUAAACUAAGAAGAUGGGAAUAGAAGGGCUUCAUUGAGAGGGCCUGAUGAAGUCAGCUGGUACUUGAAGUAUGAAGAUCUCCCCUCGGUUUAUCCUCUUCUUCUUGUUCUUCUUGACAACUGCUGUCAAAAAAAAGGGACUUCCUGCUUCCUCGCAGCUGCCGUCCCUACCGGAUGCUCAGACAGUUGUAACUUGGCAAUGGAUGUGUGAAUGUCACGCUGUGUGGAUAAAAAACCAACAAAAAAAACAUAACUGUGUGACUGAUGGAGCACUUGGGCCUUUUUUAAAAAAAAA